CUCAGUGGUGUGAAAAUUGGGCUAAUUUCUUUUUUAGAGAAUUGUGGUUUAUUUUUGGAGAUUAACGGGCAAUGAUAACUUUUAUAUUUUUAGAUAAAUUAGCAUAUUUGUUAUAAAAUUAUAGUGCAUAUAAUUAUUAAUAAUACCAUUUUGGUAAUAUUAGCAAUUCUUGUGAAGUUGGAAUAAUUCUUUUUAAAAAAAAUGAAAUUCGACAAUUUUUUAUUCCUUUUUCUUUUUUAAUAAAGUAAUUAUAACCAUGUUUUUGUUUAGCUCUGUUAGCACACAAAAGAACAAAUCGCCCAACCAUAGUUAACAGAGACACGGAUUCAAAGUACAGAGAAGAAGAAACUGAAGCAAGAACAAUAACAAGUACAAGAACAAGAAGCUUCAAGAAGAGAAAAUCAUGAUCUCUCAAUUCUUCGUUCUCUCUCAAAGAGGCGAUAAUAUUGUCUUUCGCGACUAUCGCGGUGAAGUACCCAAAGGAAGUGCUGAGAUAUUUUUUCGGAAAGUGAAGUUUUGGAAGGAAGAUGGACAAGAAGAGGCGCCACCUGUCUUUAAUGUCGAUGGGGUGAACUACUUUCAUGUUAAGGUUGUUGGAUUAUUAUUUGUUGCAACAACAAGAGUUAAUGUGUCACCUUCUCUGGUGUUGGAACUCUUACAAAGGAUUGCACGUGUCAUCAAAGAUUACCUUGGAAUUCUCAAUGAAGAUUCUUUGCGCAAAAACUUUGUGCUUGUCUAUGAAUUGCUUGAUGAAGUGAUAGAUUUUGGUUAUGUACAGACAACUUCCACUGAAGUGUUAAAGUCCUAUGUAUUUAAUGAGCCAAUUGUAGUUGAUGUUGGACGUUUGCAACCUAUGAACCCUGCUGCCAUUUUUAUGCAAGGGACCAAAAGGAUGCCAGGUACAGCUGUAACAAAAUCUGUUGUAGCAAAUGAGCCUGGAGGUAGAAAGAGGGAGGAAAUAUUUGUGGAUAUAAUCGAGAAAAUCAGUGUCACAUUUAGCUCUAGUGGCUAUAUACUGACAUCUGAAAUUGAUGGCACCAUCCAAAUGAAGAGCUAUCUUUCUGGAAAUCCAGAAAUUCGAUUAGCCCUUAACGAGGACCUGGGGAUUGGAAGAGGUAGUGGGAGAUCGGUAUAUGAUUAUAGGAGUUCAUCUGGAUCAGGAGCAGUGAUACUUGAUGAUUGUAAUUUCCAUGAAUCUGUACGUCUUGAUAAUUUUGAUCUGGAUAGAACUUUGACUCUGGUACCUCCAGAUGGUGAAUUUCCUGUCAUGAAUUAUCGUAUGACCCAGGAAUUCAAACCUCCUUUUCGCAUUAAUACCUUGAUUGAGGAAGCAGGAGCCCUUAAGGCUGAAGUGAUUCUUAAAAUAUCAGCUGAGUUUCCCUCGAGCAUUACUGCAAACACAAUUAACAUUCAGAUGUCAUUGCCUAAAUAUACUACUAGGGCUACUUUUGAGUUGGAACCUGGAGUAUUUGGGCAAACAGCAGAUUUCAAGGAAGCAAAUAAGAAGCUUGAGUGGGGAUUAAAGAAGAUUGUUGGUGGAUCUGAACAUACAUUACGUGCAAAGCUGACUUUUUCACAGGAAUUGCAUGGCAAUAUCACAAAGGAGGCUGGACCUGUCAGCAUGACAUUCACAAUACCAAUGUACAAUGCUUCUAGGCUUCAGGUGAAGUACUUGCAGAUUGCGAAGAAGUCGAACACCUAUAAUCCGUAUCGAUGGGUGAGAUAUGUUACUCAGGCCAAUUCUUAUGUUGCUCGGAUAUGAGUCAGUAGUCUCCUGUGUGCUUCUUGUUCAUCCUGAUUUUGUAAUGUUACUAUUUUUAAUUUUCUUCAAUGUGCAAUACAUUCUUCCCCUAGAGGUAAAUCUGUCAAUUUGAGGCGUUGUAUUAAAAAGGAACAACUAUGUGUUGCGGACCACUUGGGAAUGGUUUUGAUGUUGCCAUAUGUAGGAUGUCGUUUGUUAAAAUUUAUCAUCCAAAGAACCCUUUUAGGACA